AUUAAUUAAGCAGAAAAUGAAUCCAAGAAAUUAUCAAGACUUCAGAAACGUCACUCAUACGCCUCAGGAGCUAGCUGGAGCUUUGAAAAUGGCACAAUUUGAGCUGGAGAGAAUACAGCUAAGCUUGAAAGAUCUUCUCUCUGAACGAGAGGAUUUUCAAAAAUUUCUUUUCAUCGUCAGAUCAUGUCAUCUUAAUAACAAAAUUAUGGAUCACUUUAUCCAUGUGAUUGCUGACGGUCUUAUUGAGAACAAGCUGGUCUCUAGUGAGGAAUACCUCGAGCCUGGAGAAGACCUCUACAGCACUGAUUUCUUCAAGGAAAAGUUUAAAAAGUAUCAAUUCCACGUCAAAGAAGAAGAAUAUCUUUUAGAGCAAGAAAACUUUGAUAUGGUGUUUGAGUCAAUGCUGGUGAGAAGUGAGAGCACUCCUUUGGGCGCCUCCCUUGAGCCAGAGAAUGUUUCCCUACUCUGCUUGCUUUUUCAGCAAUUUGUUAAAUGGACCGAAAACCUCAUCUUGGUCAUUGGAGAGUUUGUCAAAUAUCAUUGUGAAGGAGAUUUUAAGGACUAUUUGGUAGAGCUUUCCUAUAUCCAAUAUACUGUUAGGUCCUUCAGCAAGCUGAUCUUUAUUGGAAUGAGACCAAUGAAAAAUCCCUUUUUGAAACUUCUCUACAAAACUGCUGAUUCUCCUGAGUGGCAAAAGAUGGAAAAAUACGUCACAAAAAUUAAGAGCGGGGAUGCAAUCUCAAUCCAUCAAACUUAUAUGCAGAUGUUUCAGAAUUUGUUGAGGAUCACUUAUAAAGACUGCCCUGGGCAGCUACAUCAGUUCAUCAUGACCGCAACAGUUGAAGAUGUAAGGAAAGCAUUAAAUAUGUCAGAAUCUAAGAAGUAUACCGCCCUUAUUGAUAAGGCUUUACCCCAAGUCAGCACUGAAAAGAUCAUCUAUAUCCCAAAGGAUUCAGAAAGCAUUAAAUCAUCGAUGAAAGGAGGAAGGAUCAACAAGGUAUCCUUGGAGUAUGAAAAUUAUUUUGAUGAUCCUCAUUAUUACUCCCCAGAUGAUCAUGUUAAGGUGAGGUGCAUGAACAAUGACCUUUACCAAGAUGUUGUGUAUCCUGUUGACAAUCAUAUUUCGACUGUGAUCAUCCACAUCCAUGGAGGUGGGUUCAUGUGAAUGAGUUCUAAAACCCAUACUUUGCAUACUAAAACCAUCAUGGCUGAGACUGGAGUUCCAAUAUUUUCGAUAGAUUACAGGCUUGCCCCAGAGAACCCAUUCCCAGCAGCAAUAGAGGACUGAUGGGGUGUAUACGAUUGGUUUAUUCAUCACGGUUUUAAGCAAAUGAAUCUCUCUCCGAAGAACAUCAUCCUGAUGGGAGAUUCAGCAGGAGGAAAUUUGGUGUGAGGAAUCACAAGUUUAUCUAUUAUUAAUGAUAUCAGAGUUCCUGAUGAGGUCAUUCUCAUAUAUCCAUCUUUACAAUUGUCAAUGGGAAUUAUUGUUCCUUCUUUACUGUAUUCCCUAACAGAUCCUUUGAUCACUAUGAACUUUGCAAGAGUUGUGUAUGAGGGAUACACUGAUGGUCAGGUUUCUACCAAGAACGAUUAUAUGAUAAACCCUUUGAUAACUCCCGACUCAAUCCUGAAGCACUAUCCAAAAACGAGGAUUUUGGUAGCAACCAAAGAUGUCCUUAGAGACGAAUCUUAUUUAUUCUUAAGCAGAGCAAUCAAAAUAGGAAUGGACAUCAAACUUUCUGAGCUGAUGAACUUCCCUCAUGGAUUUCUGAAUUAUAGCACUGGAAAAUUUGGCAUCAAAGGAGCAGAACUUGGCCUAGAUCAAAUUAUUUUCUGGGUUGACGAAUUUAGUAACAACAUGACAGCUAGGAUAUAAUUUCAAUCUGAC